UGCCGAGGUGGUGGGCGGGCGAGCAGGUCGUCGGCUCGGGCUCCCGGAGGAGCGAGGGGAGGAGGGAGCUGUCGGUGGCCGCGGCGGAGUGGACGGCGGCCGGGGCCAUGGAGGAGACGCAGCCGCUGUCGCAGCCCGAGCUGCCGCUCUGCGACAGCCUCAUGAUCUGGCUGCAGACAUUCAAGACUGCCUCGCCUUGUCAAGAUGUCAAACAGCUGACUAAUGGAGUUGCCAUGGCCCAAGUUCUUCACCAAAUUGAUGUAGCUUGGUUUAAUGAAUCUUGGUUAAGCCGAAUUAAAGAGGAUGUUGGGGACAAUCGGAGAAUAAAGGCUAGUAAUUUAAAGAAGGUCCUUCAAGGAAUUAUGAGUUAUUACCAUGAGUUUUUGGGGCAGCAGAUUUCUGAAGAGCUUAUUCCUGACUUAAAUCAAAUAACUGAAUGUUCUGAUUCUGCGGAGCUGGGGAGGCUGCUCCAGCUUAUUUUAGGUUGUGCAGUCAACUGUGAAAAGAAACAAGAACAUAUUCAAAAAAUAAUGACACUGGAAGAGUCUGUUCAACAUGUGGUCAUGACUGCUAUUCAAGAGCUGAUGAGUAAAGAAAUAAUGAACGCAUCUACGAAUGAUGCUGUUGGAGAAUUAGAGCAACAGCUUAAAAGGGCCUUGGAAGAACUUCAGGAAGCAUUAGCAGAAAAAGAAGAGCUGAGGCAGAGAUGCCAGGAAUUGGAUAUGCAGGUGACUGCACUCCAAGAUGAAAAGAAUUCACUGGUGUCUGAGAAUGAGAUGAUGAAUGAAAAACUCGAUCAGAUGGAUGGCUCUUUCGAUGAUCCAAAUACAAUGGUCGCAAAAAAAUAUUUUCAUGCCCAGUUACAACUAGAACAAUUACAGGAAGAAAACUUCAGGCUUGAAGCUGCAAAAGAUGAUUAUCGCAUUCAUUGUGAAGAACUUGAAAAGCAGCUGAUUGAAUUUCAGCACAGGAAUGAUGAGUUGACUAGUCUUGCUGAAGAAACAAGAGCUCUGAAAGAUGAAAUCGAUGUUCUUAGAGCUACCUCAGAUAAAGCCAAUAAAUUAGAGUCCACUGUUGAGAUUUAUCGUCAGAAGCUACAAGACCUAAAUGACCUUCGAAAGCAGGUGAAAACUUUACAGGAAACAAAUAUGAUGUACAUGCAUAAUACUGUCAGUUUAGAAGAAGAAUUAAAGAAGGCAAAUGCAGCCCGUACACAGUUGGAAACAUACAAAAGGCAGGUUCAGGAUCUUCAUACCAAACUUUCCUCUGAAUCCAAAAGAGCAGACACAUUGGCAUUUGAAAUGAAGCGACUUGAAGAAAAACAUGAAGCUUUACUUAAAGAAAAAGAAAGACUAAUAGAGCAGCGUGAUACUUUGAAAGAAACCAAUGAAGAGCUUCGAUGUUCACAAAUGCAGCAGGAUCACCUGAAUCAAACAGAUGCAUCUGCUACAAAAAGCUAUGAGAAUCUUGCUGCUGAGAUUAUGCCAGUGGAAUAUAGGGAGGUGUUCAUCCGACUGCAGCAUGAAAACAAGAUGCUUCGCUUGCAGCAGGAGGGAACUGAGAACGAGCGGAUCGAAGAACUGCAGGGACAGCUGGAGCAGAAGCACCGCAAGAUGAAUGAGUUGGAGACUGAGCAGAGGCUGAGUAAAGAGCGCAUCCGAGAAUUACAGCAGCAAAUCGAGGACCUCCAGAAGUCUUUACAAGAACAGGGUUCCAAAUCAGAAGGCGAAAGCUCCAGCAAAUUAAAGCAGAAGUUGGAAGCUCAUAUGGAAAAACUAACAGAGGUCCAUGAAGAAUUACAGAAGAAACAAGAGCUCAUAGAAGAUCUUCAGCCAGAUAUAAAUCAAAAUGUGCAAAAGAUCAAUGAACUUGAAGCUGCCCUUCAGAAGAAAGAUGAAGAUAUGAAAGCAAUGGAGGAAAGAUAUAAAAUGUACCUGGAGAAAGCCAGAAAUGUAAUCAAAACUUUAGAUCCUAAAUUAAAUCCAGCAUCAGCUGAAAUAAUGCUGCUCAGAAAGCAGUUGGCAGAGAAAGAGAGAAGAAUUGAGAUUCUAGAGAGCGAAUGUAAAGUAGCAAAAUUCCGUGAUUAUGAAGAGAAACUCAUUGUUUCAGCAUGGUAUAAUAAGAGUCUAGCAUUCCAGAAGCUGGGGAUGGAAUCCAGGCUUGUGAGCGGAAGUGGUGCUUACAAGGACAGCGGGUCAUGUGGCCCUGCCCGGUCCUUCUUAGCCCAGCAGCGGCACAUCACCAACACCAGAAGAAACCUCUCUGUUAAAGUUCCUGCUACUACAGCUGAUUAAACUGCAAAAGAAAACUGAGCAAAAGUGCCAUUAUCCUAUUUUGUACCUUGCAGUUAACAGAGAAAGGAAGUUUGUGAUGCUGAAUAACAACAGUUUAUAAAUCAAUAAGCAUCAAGUUAAUUCUGCCAGCUGAUUUUGAAAACAGUGUAGAAUUAGCUGUCUUUCUGGUUGAGCACAUUUAAGUCACUGGAAGACACAUCUAGACAUGGCUUUUUGAGAUUAUCAUAAUUUUUAAAUUCACUUUGUGUACAUUUAGUGUUUUUGGUUGUUAGUAAUAACUUGAUUGAUUUUAAGAUGUGAUCUGUGGUGUGCUAUUUUAAAAUGUAUGUAGAUUUGUGGCAUUUUUCUUUUUUUAGUCCAUAUGAAACAUGCUUGAAUAAGGCACAUGGAGAAUUAUAUAACAGUGGUUGAGUUUAUGUCUACAAGUUUUUAGUUCCUGUCUUGAGCUUUGUCGUUGACUAUUUUCCCAUGCCAUGGAUGAUAAAAUGUUUAGAAGAUUAACCAUUAGAAUGGCUUUCCUGUAGUAGAAGUAACUAAUUCAGAGUGUUGCAGAUGCUGAAGAUGUCCUAGUUCCCAUAUGAUAAAGGCCUCUUGGCAGCAUUGUUGAAACAUUAAGGUUGGGAGGUAAAUAUUUGUAAGAAGUGACUUUAUUUAUUGGAAAGGCAGAGACAGGAAGACAAAAAGGAAGAACUCUCAUCCCCUGCUCUCCCCCCUCCCUCCCCCACCUGCCUGUAAUGGCCGGGCCUGGACCGAGCAGAAGCUGAUAGCUGUGCCAAGAAUGAAAUGUCCAGAUCGCCCACACUUGCAUAGCACAGCCCAGUCACUGGAGUCAUCACUUCUGCUUCCCAGGGCGUGCAUUUUUAAAGGAAAUUGGAACAAGAAGUAAAGUUGGGAUUCAAAUCAAAGCACUCCGGUUUGGGUGGGACACAGAUCUUAUUGUCUUAACUGCUUUGCUAACCACCUGCCCUAGAAUUGACUUUCUAGUAGAAAGCAAGAUAAAAACAAACACGUUGUGUGAAAUGUUUGUAUGCUUUUUAAUGUAAUUAUAAGGCUUGCUUUUAGGCAAGCGCAUGACAACAUUGUAGUUGCUUCUUAUCAAAAAGAGGCACAAUAAUGAAGCAACUUCCAAUAAGUUUCAUUAUUUCCUGAUUAAGCAGUGUUGUUCUGAGUUUGUGGUAUGGAGUAAUUUCUUCCCAAAGCUCUAAUUUCAAAGGUAUUGUUUUUUAUUUGGGGGGGGAGUCUAUUUCAAAAGUCAAAACUCAAGAAUUUUGUUAAGUUGUGUUAAUUUGUGCUGUCCUUUAUUGUGGUCACAAGCUGCAUGUGGCAAUCUAAAUUAAAUUGAAAAAUUCAGGUCCUUGGUAGCACCAGCCUCUUUUCAGACAGCCUUUAGCUACAUGUGGCCGAUGGCUCCUAUUUUGGACAGUACAGCUGUAAGUAUAUUUAUCAUUGCACAAUGUCCUGUUUAGUGACACAAUAAUAAAUUUUUUAUAUAUGUGAGGAAAUACUCUUUGAUAUUAAACCACAAUUAAAUAUGUUAAUACUAUUUUUAAUAUAAAGAUUGGAUUGAAACUUAACUAGCAUCUUGUAUUCUCUAGAGUUGAAUACCUUAAUGUUACAACAACCAUAGUCUGUCUGUACAGUGCACUUCGCCUGUAACGUUCUGAGCAGCAGUAUCUGUAAACCAGAGCUUAAGCAGCCAUUUUCUGAAAAGAAGGGAAUAUUUUAAGGUUUGUGGUCUACUGGAUAGUUGUCUUAAGUACCUAACCCCUGCCACUCAAUCUUUAACAUGCUUAAGUACUUCACUUCACUCUGUAGUGGAAGUAGCCAUACACAAUAUGUAAAUAAAGUGGGUGUGGCUAUGUUUUAAUAAAACUAUUUUCACACAAGCAACUGGUAGACCAGGUUUGACUGGCCAGCUGUAGAUCCCUGGCCUGUAGUUGGUCCUUGGCCUUCUUUGAGAGACUGAGUAUUGUUGGGUUUACAGUGUUAUUUCUUUGGAUACCAGGUUUUAAUUCUUGCCCAGUAGGCUUUAUUUUUAUUUUUAUCCAUUGAAAAUAUAAGAAUUUUAAAUGGCAUCUGGGUCUCUGAGCUUCAGGAGUGUGUGUCAGGAUAUUUUGUCUCAUCAGGGUUGCUUCUGUGACUACCUCUCAGAUGUUAGUGCUUUGUAUUGGAAUAGUUAAUAUGUUUGACAUUUUCAUAUGCUCUUGUAGUGUUUACUUAUCUGUGAAAUGGAAAAACAUCUUUGAAAAAAUUUUAGCAUGCUAUUUAAAAUUUUCUAAGUAGAAAAGCAUUUUGGUAUAUUUUGGUCAAGGAAGAUGCCCAUUUGGUGUUUCUAUUUGCUUAUAAUUCAGGUUUUAUAAGUUCUGCAAGCUCUCUUUUAUUGGAAUCUAUUGUAAAACACCAAUUUCAGUAAAUUAGUUUUUUCCCUUAACAUUCAAUUAUUACACUUGGAAUUCCUAAAUAAUGCAUUCAAUUUCUAAAUAAAGAUAUAACGCUAGAUAGAUUUUUUUCUUGGUAGAGAAAUUUUCUUACCUAUAAUUUUUUCUAGUUGAUAAGUAGAAUUGAAAAUGUUUAAUAUGUAAAUAUUUAUAUAAGACUAAUGUAAUUUAAGGUUCUGUGUUGUGAUUUAAUCAUACAUAAAUUCAGGACUGAUCAGAAGUGAGAUUCUUUUCCACAUCUGGUUAAUGUGGUGAGAUUGACACCCUGUGGGUGGUAAAGCAUUCAAAAUAUUUUGUUAUGAAGCAUAAUUUACACAUAGCUGUGUUGUACCAGAGACUGGAAUGCAUUUACCAUAGAAGAGAGAUUUAGCAUUUAUGUAUUUGUAAAGGGAGUUAAUAUUCCAAUGAUUAUAAAAUAGAACCACAUGCUAAUUUGGAAAUGAUUUUAAUUUCAAUAUUCCUUUCCUUUCUAAAUAUGUGUACAUCUAGCAGUGUUUAUUCUGAAACUACUAUAUUCAGAAAUAUUUGAAGUUUAUUCUAUUUUUUCUAUAAAUCAGGGUGUCUGAUUUAGUAGAGAUUCAGCAUUGAUAAUCUUGCCUAGAACUGUUCAUCUGAGUAUCCCCUAUUAUGAUGUCAUCAUUUUUCAUAACUGGAGUGCUAAUUUGAAUGUCAGAUAAAACUUCACCAGCCGCACCUGCUUCUGGUGUAAUGGCACAUAUGUCAUUGUGUCUCAGGCCGCAGUACUUUCUUUGUUAGGUUCUUAAUAUGUGUACUUACUGAAAAAAUUCCUAUCUAAAAUAAAUGUUUAUGGUUGUAUGCAUACAUUCAUAUUGUGAACUUGCACAUUACAAAGAAGUAGUUCAGAAAAUUUGUAAAGCACAAACCAUAAAAAAAUACUGUGCAGUUGUAAAACUUGAUGUAACUUAAAUGUGAUGUUCAGUUUAUAAAAGGUCCUUUCUAUUUUCUAUGGCAAAGUCUUUGACACUUGAAAAAUAGAAGCAUACCUGAUUUAUUUUUGUAAGUAUUUAGGAUAUUAUUUUAAAUAAAUGAUUGUCCAGUAACACUAAGAUAGUUGUAAAAUGUCUCAAAUAAAUAAACUUUUUUGCUUC